AUGCAGGGGCCUCAGGCUGUCAGAGACCCUCCAUCCUGUCAGCAGCCUCUGCUAUCUCUGACAGCCUCCAUCCCUUGCAGAGGCACAGGGAGACCUGUCAGCCUGUGGAAGGGGCAGAGCCCGGGGACAGGUCUCCCAGCUCCCUUGGACUCACGGGCGCAGCCCUGACUGUUGACGUGGCCAGGGAAAGCCCACAAGUCCAAAUGGGAGCCCAGCCCGAGGCAGGGGAGCCUUGUGAGGAGCAGCUGGUGGAGCAGCAAGCGUCCUGGAGCCAGCAGUUGCCGGCCCACUGCUGCCAGGACGCUGUGCCAGGUGUGGCAGCUGGCAACAGCCCAAGCCUGGAGGUGGAGAUGACCCUCGAGACACCAAGGGGGUUCCUCCAUCUGCAGGAAGCUGCCCCAAGAGAGCCCUCGACCACCACAAAGGGCUCUCUAAUAGCAGCUGCUCCUGGGAUCCCCCUGGGCGAAGCCUCGGGCUGUAGCCCCGGCCGUCCCCAGCAGCAGAGGACAGCCCACGACGCCGGGGACAGCGACGGUGCCGCCCUGCUCCGCUGCUCAGCGGCUCCUGCAGCCACCUCUGGGCCCUGCCCUGCCCCAGCUGUGCCGCUGUCCAGCCCGACGGCUGCCAGGCGGCGGCCGCUGCCCGGCGCGCAGCAGGAAGCAGGGCAAAAGAAGCAGCUGCAGGAGCUGUACCAGCUGGGCCCGCAGCUGGGCAGCGGCGGCUUCGGCACCGUUUUCUCGGGCAUCCGCCUCUCCGACAGGAGCCCGGUGGCCAUCAAACGCGUGGCCCGGGAGAGCGUCCUGCAGUGGGACGAGCUGCCCGACGGCACCCGUGUUCCCAUGGAGAUCGUGCUGAUGGAGAAGGUGGGCUCUGGUUGCCACUACGUCAUCCAGCUCCUCGACUGGUUUGAGCUGCCUGACAGCUUCCUGCUGGUCAUGGAGCGUCCGGAGGCAUCGCGGGAUCUCCUGCAGUUGCUGCUGGAGCAGGAGUUCCUGUGCGAGGAGAUGGCGCGCUGGCUUUUCCGCCAGGUGCUGGAGGCCGUGCGGCACUGCACUGCCUGCGGCGUCCUGCACCGUGACAUCAAGCCGCAGAACCUCCUCGUGGACCCGGAGAGUGGCGACCUGAAGCUCAUCGACUUCGGUUGCGGCACCUUCCUCCAGGAGCGGCCCUACACACAAUUUGCCGGAACACACGUGUACAGCCCACCCGAGUGGAUCGCCUUUGGCUGCUACUACGGCCAUUCGGCAACCAUCUGGUCCCUGGGUGUGUUGCUGUACGUCAUGGUCUGCGGGAGCCUCCCCUUCUGGAACGACCGUGACAUCGUGUCGGGGCAGCUCUUCUUUGGGCACCAGGUCUCUCCAGCGUGUGAAGAUCUGAUCCGCUGGUGUUUGGCCAAGCACCCUGCGGACAGGCCGGAGCUGGAGGACAUCUUGUGCCACCCUUGGGUGCGGGGCGGGCAUUUUUGAUGCCUUGCCGGAUCCUCUGCAGCACCCAGUUACCACGUCCCACGCAGGACCCAAAUAAUAAAACAACCACAAACCCAUUGCAGGGUGUCAAGUCUGGUCCUUGUCAGCAGCUUCAGCUAAAGAAACCUCUUGGGAAAAGGGGUAGUCCAAGUGCUCCCUUCAGCCUUCUUCAAGCUUUCGACACCUUUCCUCAAGCAUGGUGCCUUUGUGUCUUCGGGCACGGGCUGUAGUGCAGGUAGGAAGGGCUUUAACAAGCCAAAGAAUGCAACAGUGAAACAACAGCUGUCCUUUCAAGCUGAUGCGGCCACUUGGGUGUCUCCUGAAGUGAAACAAGGGAGGGCUCUGUGUGCAUUCCAAGGGCCAGGAGGUGGCAGGGACAGAGACGUUGCUCUGCUACCAAAGCUGGGAGAAGAACCAGAAGCACCAAAAGGUCAUUUUGCACUGAGCCCUGAUGACCUCUUCCUCUUUCUUUCCCUCAAAUCGGCGGCGACUGCAGGCAAAUGCAGGCCAGGCCUCGUGGCUCAUGGCAGACCCUUCUUCCUCCCCAGGGAGCCUCCUCACAGUAAGGGGGGAGCUCCCCCCCAGCCCAGGACUCACCAGCUCAGCCCCCACCAGAGGCAGGCCACUGCCUGAGCCCCACGUGCCCUGAGCCAAGUGGGGAUUGGCGGCCGUCCCGGCCACAGCGACAACAAAUCCUUUGAGGUUCACACCUCUGACAAGAGUAAAAGGGCCAGCAAAACCUCACCUCAGGCCCUGAGGAGAGAAGGCUUCAGUCUGCAAGGUCCUCAGGGAAAAUGUAUGGGAAAGUGCUGGGCUCCAUCAGUGCUGCUCUCUUUUGAAACAUCACCUCCUGAGGGCACACGAGCCGGCCUUUCCCACAUGUCGGAAGCCAAGCAGGCGAGGCACAAGGCUGCCGUGCCUAAACAGGCGACUUCUCUGGAAAAGAGCAUGGAAAAGGAAGCUGUGUGCCCCGAGGAAUCCAGGUCAGGAGAAGAACACACAGAUGCUUCUUGCCACUUGCCACUGUGGGGGGAAAGCUGGUGUGGUGAAAGCUCAACUGGAGAUGCAGGCGGCCAGAAAUAAAAAGAGGGGGGGCACAAUCAAAAGAGUCAAAAGAGUGUUUUGAAACACCUUAAUGAGAAAAAACAUUGGAGAAAUAACAUCAUCCCCUCGCAGGAUGUGGAUGAUCACUUGACAAACAGGGACAGAGACAUGGUACGGGUGUUUCAUGCCCUCUUUGCCUUUGCCUUCAACACUCAUCCCUCCCUUUGAUGCCUUCAGUUUUACUUUUCAUAUUUUUCAAGUUUUGUACUGCCUUUCUGUGUAACUCUGGACUUCAUCUAAAGAUCUCUUCACAGUUUUGUAGGACAAAACAGUCCUUUUCCAGCCUGAGAACCAAGGACACCCUUGGCAGCUUCCGGCCCAAAAGUGUAACCAAGGGCGAACUGAAGAAAGCAAUCUGGGAGGAGGGAACAUCAUAACCUGAAGUUGUAAUAGGACAAUUAACCCCGAAAAUGGCAAUGAACCAAAACUUACCAACAUGUGAAAACCUGUGACGGGUCGUCCAUCUUACGUCCAUCUUGGCUAGAGCCACGACCAGGCUCUUGUGCUGCCCCAAGGUGUAUCCUUU